CUGGGAUGAUCAGAGCUCAGGAGAAGGCUGAGGUGAGUCGGGCUGAAUGACUCGUGAAGCGAAUGGAGGAGGAGAUUGCUGAGCUGAAGAGCAGAGAUGCUGAGCUGGAGCAACUUUCAAACACGGAGGAUCACAUCCAUUUCCUCAAGACUUUCCAGUCCGCCAUUGACCCACCUCAGUUUAAAGACUUAUCCAACAUCACUAUCAACCAAGGCCUCUCUUUUGAGGCUGUGAAGAAAUCUGUCUCCAAACUGAAGACGCAGCUGGAGGACUUCUGCAGGAAGGAAGUCAUGAUGAUAUCUGCAGCAGUGUCUGAAGUUCAGGCUGUUUGUCCUGAACCAGUGACCAGACAGGAGUCCUUUUCAGGCAUGGGCAGCGCAUUCACCCUGCCAGGGUUUGGUCAGCAGGCCAGCGGCACCAGCCUAUUCGGACAGCCCAGCGUCACCAGCCUAUUCGGACAGCCCAGCGUCACCAGCCUAUUCGGACAGGCCAACGGCGCCUCCACAAUGGGAACGGCCAGCGGCACCAGCCUAUUUGGACAGGCCAGCGGCGCCUCCACAUUGGGAACGGGCUUUCUGUACCAGGCUCCAUCCAGUGGCGGUCAGCUUGGCUCUGGAUCGGCAGGCUCAGGCUUUGGCUUUGGAGCCAACACGGGUGUGCAGUCCGGCCAGCCCAACCAAGCAGGCCUCUCAUGGCUCUUCGGAAACACCAAUCAGAAUCCCCCAAGAUCUGGACACUGACAAACUCCAUUCUCUUCCAAUAUUUUCACUCAGUUGCCUUUGACGCCAACAUUUUUGUUUGUAUUUGCCUUCGUUUUUCUUAGUUUUCAUUUUUGUGGUUUACAAAUUAUUGAGAUACAUUCUCUUUUUACUGUCUCCAAGUUUGGAAAGAUUUGCUCUUCCUUUUUGUCCCUGAGUUCUUAUAAAUGCAACAUUCAUUUUGGUGCACAGUAACCCGGCAAUAAGCUAGCAUAUUGACUAGUCAAGUUUUUUUUCUGCAGCUGUAGUAGAUUCACCACCAAGCCUAAAACAGAACAAAAUUACACUACAGAUGUGCACAUAGAUUGGCAAUGCUUUAAGCAAACUCAAAGUUACAAUAUGCUGGAUGCCGAAGUUUUUCUUUUGAAUGAAUGAUGAAAUGAAGCUAUUUUUAUGUAUUUUGAAUUUUGGCAUUAUACUAGUACGCUCACUGUGUAUUCAUUGAGAGGAAUGUAAAAGUAAAAAAUGUUUAAGAGUUCGAACAAGGUUUCAACAGAUGACUGAAAGCCAUGAUUUAUCAGUUCACUAUGAAUUGAACUGAAACCAUUGACGAUGAUACAUUGAGAGAGAUUUGCUAUUAUGUGAGAUGGCAUACAUUUGUAUACAAAUUAUCAAGAAUUGUUUUAUUGUUGAUUUUUUUGGGGUUAUGUUUAUUUCUGCCAUUUUGUUGCAUCAUAAGCCUGCUGUAAUUUGAUUUACUUCCUUGACUAAUUUGAUGUGAUGUUUCAGUGAGGUUUUGGGAUGUUUUUAUUGUUUUUGUUUUCCCUGAUCAUUUGUAAUGUUUUUAGAACAAAAAGGGGCUUCAAUGAUUGGACUAGAUUUGCAUUUCUUGAAGGAAAUACCAGGGCUUGCAAGGCAAAAAACAUGUACAGACUAAAUCAUUACAAUGCCUGCAGAGAGAGUGAUAGCCUAAGAACGUGAUGAGGACAUAAAAGAUAGAGUAAAUUAAAGUAUUAACUGUCAGAGCACUCAUUUGUUUUCACAAGUUCACAAUGCCUUAUCCUUUCUUAUAAUAAUCUUAUAUCUUUUCAUAACAGCACUAUCACUUUGUCACUUUACUUAAAGCUGACAAAGUCCACUUAUAAAAUCAUAUCAAUAUCAAUGUACUGCCAUUGUUGAAAUGACAAUAAAAUGGGCUUUUCAUCUGUA